AUGAAAUGGGUACCACUCUCCAUCAAUAAAUCAGAUGAAAUUGAAAAACAAGCAAAUGAAAUUGCGGAGCUGUACCGCGUUCUUUUUCUUCAACUCAAGCUUGAGAAGCAGCAAGAAAUUCAUGGGCUACUACGAAGUCAAAAGGAAUCUACCGUUGCUCCAAAUUCCGGUAAAUCAACCAUUGAUAAGAUGGGAGUCAUUACAAGCUCGAUUGAUGAAUUAAAGAAUGCCUUGUUCUCCGUACAACAGCAAAAUUCAGAGGACCCAUGUGAGGAAAUAACAGAGGAAAACAACCCCUUCUCAGCAUCAACAAAGAGUAAGGAUAGUUUAGGACAUUCAUCAGCUUCGGAAGAGAAGAAGCCCAUAAAACAUGGCAAUCCUUCAAAGCAAGCUAAUAAGUCCUUAGACAGGCCAAAACAAAAGAAGGUAAAGCCAAUUUACUCGUGGGAGAAAGGAGCUCCAAAUUCAACAGAUAACAAAAAGAUGGAAACCUCAUCUUCCAUUGAUCUACCCCAUAAGAUGGAUCAAAAUUCCUUCAGUGAGCAAAUGAGUCGAGUUGGAAAGUUUAUGGAGGAACAAUUAGCCAACCAAAGACAAUCCUCCCCAAAGAGAGAUAGCUCACCAAGAAGAUUUGGGAAAACAAAGGAAAGUAAGCAAUCGGUUCAUGCACCUCUUUCCCCUUCUCUUGGCAGAAGUCUUCAUUUAGAAAUUGAAAUGAAUGAAGAAGAAUUUGCCAAGUUAAAGAAAAGGAGAAACAUUCAGGAGCGGCCUAGAUCAAGCAGUCCACGUUUCCAAGCUCCAAACAGAUCAAGAUCGUCUUCAAUGCUCUCAGUUGGAGAUCUUGCUCAUUCUGCAGAUUCGUUUUCUUCAUCAUCCAGUGCAAGCAAACAGAGACAUUCGUUUUUGCAAAAGGGUAAGGGAAGACUUGCCUCAGAUGGCAACCCAUUCCUCAAGAUUUACUCUUCACCACAACUGUUGUACAAUACCUCCUAUAUUCUCUCUGGAGCUGACGUUAGCCCUUCUGCAAUUGAAAACCUAUCUGAGGUUCAGCAAGCCAACAUGAAUUCAGCUCUACAAACUCCAGGCUAUACAGUAGCAGACAUUGAAGGCCUUUACAUAACCACCGCUGGGCCUUAUUCAGAUCCCAAAGAUAGUUUUUUCAGACCAUCAGACAAGUCUAAAUGGGUCAACGGUAAGGGUUUCAUAACCUCAGUAGGAAAAUCAGAAGAAUUCACUCGAGACAAGUCACUUCCAAUGUUCAUUAAUACUGGAAUUGCAUAUGAAAGCUCAAAUCCAGCUAUUGUACAACAGAAGCUUAGAUCAUCAGAAAAGAGCAGAAUGAUGUCACCAAAAGGGUUCGUCGCUAUGUUUGGUAAUAGCGGUUGUGAUGACAUAGAUAAGCAAUAUAGCUUGGGAUUUACCAGCCCAGCUCGAGGGUCGCUCCAUUCCUUCUCGGCUCCCCUUCCAACAAAUAUCAAAGGCCAAUCUAGAUCGCCAGUUCAACUAAGACCACUGUCUGGUACUUCUUCUAGUGCUGCUAUCAAUCUAAUUUCCAAAAAUAUGGCUUCACCAAAAACAUCUCCAAGACUCACCAAUAAAUUGUUGUAA